GUUUUACAUAGCUGGUUAUUGUGGCUUCCAAUCGUCCCAGAAUCAUCCCAGUGUUUCUGAUCCUCCCUUUGGCCGUAUGUUAGCCACCUUCACUUAUAUGCAGGCCUUCUCGGUAAAAUUUCACUGUUAGACAAACUCGCACUCCCUAUAUCAAGACAGUAUUUCUUGGUAGCAGAUAACUUUUGGUAAACUCCAUCAAUAAACACACCAUGUUAAGAAGCCGAAUGAUUAAGGUGAGACCGCUUUUGCAAGAAACCAGAGCGCUUCGCAGAACCGUUUCCUCGUUCAACACCGCGGUGGAAACGGCAGAGAAGCUUGUGACGCCUGUCAAGACCAAGUUCGAAGACCCUUUUUCCAUUGUGUCGCAUGAGAUGUCUGGACUCGCCAAAAAUAUUGCCUCCUUAAUUGGGUCUGGCCACCCGACGCUCAACCGUGUGUCCUCGUACUACUUCGAGGCUGAGGGCAAGAACGUGCGGCCAUUGAUUGUGUUGUUGAUGUCGAAGGCGUUAGCGAAAAUCCCGCGCGACCAGAGAACCAGAAUCCCCAUCGAUGAGUACGACACCACCGACCAGCCAAAGUUUGCCGGGACUGUCUCGGAAACCUCCAUUGCUGGACGCUCUGUAGACGAUUCCUUGUCGCCAUUGCGCAUCUUGCACGGGAUCAACCCAAGGGUUAUUUUGGACCCGUUGAGUAAGCCUAUGGACAAGCUCCCGGAGUUUGACGCCGAAAACGGGAUCUUGCCGAAGCAGCGCCGUCUCGCGGAGAUUGUCGAGAUGAUCCACACUGCCUCACUCUUGCAUGAUGAUGUCAUCGAUCUUUCCGACGCCAGAAGAGGCAGGCCGUCUGGCAAUGUGGCCUUCACCAACAAGAUGGCUGUUUUGGCCGGUGACUUUCUCUUGGGGCGUGCGUCUGUCGCAAUUGCCCGGUUGAGAAACUCCGAGGUUAUCGAGUUGUUGUCCACCACCAUCGCCAACUUGGUCGAGGGCGAAUUCAUGCAGUUGAAAAACACUGUUUUGCUGCCAAACGCCGACAUGGUGGGCAGCAAGCAGCUCCCAACGCCCACCGGUAAAGUUCCGACCACGGUCCACGAGUACUCCGUCGCCAGUCACGCCAUUACCCACGAGCAGAACGUAGCUGCUGCCUUCGAGUACUACUUGCAUAAGACCUACUUGAAGACCGCUUCCUUGAUGUCCAAGUCUUCCAGAGCUGCUGCUGUCUUAUCUGGCGCAGAAUUGGAGAUUGUUGAGCAGAUGUACGACUUUGGUCGUAACUUGGGCUUGUGCUUCCAGAUCGUCGAUGAUAUGUUGGACUACACCGCGAAUAACGCCGAGUUGGGCAAACCAGCUGGCGCGGACUUGAAGUUGGGCUUAGCUACCGCACCAAUCUUGUUCGCGUGGCAGGAGCAGCCGGGGUUGGGUGAGUUAAUCUCCAGGAAAUUCAAGAAUCCGGGCGACGUCGAGCUUGCCAGAGCGGCUGUCAGAGACUGCCAGGGUGUAGAAAAGACGAGGUUGAUGGCAGAGAAGUACUGUGCCGGCGCCUUGGCGAAUUUGCGUGUGUUGCCAGAGUCCGACGCUAGAAGCGCGUUGGAGCUUUUGACCAACUCUGUGUUGACCAGAACCAAGUAGACGUCCAGCGUCCCGCUUCGUAUGCGGGGCGGGGCCCCUUUGGAGAGCUUUCUCUUCCACUGGGUAGUGCCACUGUAUAUAGCUAGAUUUCGGGAGUGAAUGAAUCAUAUAAUUCCCGUAGAAAUUGUGGAGGCUUUCAUGUUACUCGUCAAACGUAUGGUUCUGAGUUCAUCAGAAAUCUGGGUGGGCCUACUACGGUACAGCCGUGGUAAAAAAAAAAUUAUAGUCCCGUAUAUAUAAAAACACAAGUUUUUAUACUAUAGUAUCA